AUGUCAUAAUAUUAUUGUACCAAGCAAGCCUGAGCCUGAGCCUGAGCAGCUGCGCCUGCUGGACUCGGCAUCACUUUUUUGGCUUGCUGCUGCAAGCAUUGCUAAUCGCGCAUUGAUACUGCCAGGCACUGCAGAGCAAAAUGCAGCCACUCCUGCGCCUCCUGCCCCUGCUCGCCACGCUGCAAGCCUUGACCAUCAUCGAGCAGUCCCUGCACAAGCUCCACCGCCCGCCGUCCGCCAACCACGCCGAAGUGCCCGAAAGGUUGGAAAGUGCAAAAGCGGCCCUCCUCGCGUCGGACGUGAAAGUCAAAGACUGGCGCAACGCGGUGAACUCGACGACGUGCACGGUCUUCGACGCCGUCGACGCGCUGAAAUUGGUGCACGACGUCGACCACCUGCGCGAGGUCCAGGCCAUGUCCCAAACGGGAGGCGGCUUCGACACGGACACGUACUGCGCGCCGGGGAGCUGGGAGGCCGUGUUGGACGGCACGCGGGCCUGGGCCGACGCCGUCGCGCUGGCCGUGGACGACGAGGGCCCGGCCUUCGCUCUCAGUCGGCCCGCGGGCCACCACGCGACGCGGACGACGGCCAUGGGCUUUGGGCUCGUGAACUACGCAUGCGCGGCCGUAGCCAAGGCGCUGGAGGGCGGCGCGUCGGCCGCCGUGUGGAAAUCAAAGUUCGGGCGCGCCACGUGGAGGUUCACGAAGGUCCACGCAAUAUUUCCGCAUAGGUCGGCCGUCUCUAUUCUAGAUUGGGACGUGCACCACGGCAACGGCGUCGCGGCCAUCUUCGGUCAAGAGCCGCGCGUGCGCUACUGUUCGAUCCACGAGGCGGGCGGGUUCCCGGGCACGGGCCAGGACGAGUCCGACCGGGGCGCGCUGGGCAACAUUUUGAAUUUGCCGCUGCCCAAGGGGUCGGGCUCGGACGAGUACUUCGCGGCGCUGCGCGACAAGGCGCUGCCCUUUCUGCUUGAUCCCGCACCGGACUGCCUCCUCGUGUGCUCGGGCUACGACGCGCUCGAGCCCGACCCCCUCGCGACGAUGACGCUUCAGCCUUCCGACUUCGCACAAUCCGUGGACGCGAUCCUCGCGCGGUACCCGCGGACGCGCGUUGCGCUCGGGCUGGAGGGCGGCUACGCGCUCGGCGAAAACGGCAUGCCCGAGGCCUUCACGGAGACCUGUAGGGCCCUCGUAGACGGCGCGUAACUUGUUG